AUGGUGAGCUCCAGGCUCGCCCUCGUGCUCAUGCUCACCGCUGGCGGUGUCAUGAGCCGUUCCUCUCACGAUACGCAGCGGCUGGACCGCCUCGUUCGACGUCAAGGUCCACCCGGCGGCGGUAAGCAUGGUGGUCCUCCUGGUGGUGCUCCUGGCGGCGCUCCGGGAGGCCAACCAGGUGGUCAGCCAGGUGGUCAGUCAGGAGGCUUUGGCUCCGGCGGCACUGAUCCUCUCACGCAUCCUGCUGGUUCGUCUGGAGCCGGUGGCGGUGACGGCGGAUACGGCAACGGUGGUACCGAUCCACUCAGCCAUCCCGCUGGCGGAAGCGGUGCCGGUUCAGUCGUGUCCUCCUCCAGCGGCGGUCAGAUGCACUGGGCCACCGACGCUUCCGGUAUGACCGGCGAGGAGCUUGUCAAGACGCUCCCCUCCGGCUUCUUCCUCGGCUCUGCCAUCGACAAUCCCGACCUCAAGGAUCCCAUCGUAGCUCCACUCGCCAAGUACAUGCCCUUCGUCACACCAGGAAACUCGCUCAAGAUGCAAUUCGUCUACGAAAGCGAACAGUCCUGGACCGAGCUCCUCAACGGCGUCACCAAGGCCAACCCGGACACCAAGAUCAAGUGGAAGUACCACACGCUCAUCUGGGGUGCCGAACAGAACAAAAAGAUGAUGCAGCAGUCCUUCAGCAAGGAAGCCAUGAUGAAGACCAUCACCGACUUCGUCAAAACCAAAAUGUGCCCCAAGAUCAUGAAGGAGGCCGACUUCUGGGGUAUCGACGUUCUCAACGAGGUCUUCGAUGACAGCGGCAACGGCUUCAAGAAGAACGGCUACUUUGAAGUCAUCGGUGAAGACGGUUACAAGGAGGUGCUGAAGCUCGUCAAGCAGGAGUGUCCCAGCUACAAGAUCAUCGUCAACGACUACGGUAUGGAGUCGAUGAAUCCCAAAUCGAACUUUGCCUUCAAGACGAUCAAGUCGUGGCUCGCCGAAGGUGUACCUGUCGAUGUUGUCGGUCUUCAGUUCCACAUCCAGCUCACCAACAAGUACGAGGACAUGCUCGCCUCCAUCAAGCGCUGGACGUCCGAGUCGAUCCCGGUCGUGCUUUCCGAAGUCGACAUUCCGGUCAAUUUGCCACCUUCGCAGUCGGAUCUCGAAAAGCAGGCCCAGCAGUACGGAAACGUUGUGCAGGCUGCUCUUGAAGGUGGUGCGUUUGGUUUAACUGCGUGGGGGAUUGUCGAUAGCCACACCUGGUUCGGUACGCAGUCCGACCAGGGUGUAGGUCACGGCAAGACGGGAGCUCCUCUGCUGUUCGACGCCAAGGGCAAGCCGAAAGCCGCUGUUGCUGCGAUCGUCGACGUGUUCAAGAAGUGGGGCAGCAAGCCAGUCGGCAUCAAGGGCGGCAGUGCCAACGAUCUUGGCAAAGGUGGCGGCUCGUCAUCGUCUUCGACCGGGUCCGGCUCUGGUUCUGGCUCGACCAGCUCUGGUUCGACUGAUGUUGGUUCGACUGGCUCUGGUUCAACUGGUUCGACUGAAGGCGCUGAUGUUGGCUCUGGUUCUGGAUCCGGCUCUGGUUCCAAUGGCUCUGGUUCUGGAUCCGGCUCUGGUUCCAAUGGCUCUGGUUCCAAUGGCUCUGGUUCCAAUGGCUCUGGUUCCAAUGGCUCUGGCUCUGACGGCUCUGGCUCGAGCACUACCCCUGGUACGACCGGCUCCGGCUCUACCGAUCUUGGCUCUGGCUCAACUGGCACGACUAACCCCAACAUCGACAGGGGCCCGCCUGACACCGGCUCCUCUGACCCUAGCCCUGGAUCUUCCGGCUCUGGUUCGUCUGACCCAGGCUCAUCUGGUUCUGGUUCGACUGGUACUGACGUUCCUGGCGUUGGCUCUGCAUACGGAGGCGGCUCUACUACCGAUGCCGAUGCUGGGGGUGGAACAGGCGGCGGAUCUUCUGGAGGGCUACAGUCCCAAGCACCGUCGCGCCAUGGCUGCUCGUCGCCGUCGCUAACGGAACAACGUCAUCUGGCUCUACUGCCCUCGCUGUGUCGAAACAUUGCUUCUCACUUGCCCUCUACCCUCGUCUGCUUUGUCCGUUGA